AUGGAACCUUCUCAGCGAGAUGCCCAGCCGGAGGCAUCCCCGCUUACCUCUAACAGAGAGGGGUCUCCUGUAAAGGCAGCGCCGGCUCAGAAGGCUGGCAGAAAGCUGCCGGGAUGGCUUGAUCAUUUCAACGCCCGCGAUCUCAAAGUGUUAUUUCGUUGUUCACUAGCUGCGUGGGUGGCGUCGCUGUUGAUAUUCAUCACCCCAUCCCUAACUGUCCUUGGUACUGCGACAUUUUUCGCCAUUCUGGUACUAUUCAUGGUGCCUCCGACCGGCAUUGUUUUCAUUUUCCUUUUAGGAACUCUGACCCUCGUCCUUGGUAUGGGUUUCGGCUGGGCCUGGGGUGUCAUCGCCAUGAAAGCUGCUAUUGCAGCGAGACCGGCGGCUGAGACUCAGGCCAGGCUUCAAGCCCUAGGACAGGCCGCAUCCAGUCAGGCUAAUUCCACCGGACAGUCUGUGGCUGCUGUCCAGCAGGAGCUUGUCUACAACGGCUGGAUGCUUGACUCUCGUGUUACAGCUGUCUAUUAUUGCCUAAUCUGUUUAUUCAUCUAUUUAAUCUCCCGUCUUCGGGCUAUGAACCCAAAAUUCAUUCUGCUGCAGAUCUUUGGAAUCAUUAUCAUCGAUGUUACUCUAACUAUUGGCCCGCUGCUUCCAUCAUUCAACGGUACCAUUCCAAAGGUCUUGAUUGAGCCUGCUGCGAUUGGAAUUGGGUUGGGUCUUGUCUCCCAUUUCCUCUUCUUCCCUCGAUCUACCUCCCAUGUCGUGCUUGCUGGGAUGGAGGAUCUGGUGCGGCUACUUAAAGGGCCUCUGGACGUCACGGAAAAGAGUCUCCUGACAGGCGAAGACUUGGCCAUGGCAGACCUACAAAAGAUCAAAAUGAAGAGCAUUGCUGCUUACAAGGAUCUCAAGCCGGCCCUCAGCUUUUUGCCAUUGGACUUCUCCGUCGGUUGGUGGGGUGCCGAAGACGUCAAGACCAUGAAGAAACCAAUACGCCAGGCUUUGAUAACCAGUCUUUCCCUUCUAGAAGUUCAUAUCGCCCGCGUUGGUGGAUACUCGAAAUUAAAAAAGUUGGACCAGAUCAUUGCGGAUCGGGAUUCCGACUCCGAGUCCCAAUCUGAUGGGAAUGAGAAAAAACGUCCACACGAGGCUGGUAUGCGCCAGCUGAUGGAGAGUAUCAAUUUGGUACAAGCACUGCGAAGCCCGGAACAUGAAUCUAUGCGAUCUGAAACUGUUGAGGUACUGCGCGAAUCCAUCAAGGAUAUUCUCCCAGCGUGCCAGGAAGCUGUUGAGAUCGUUGCGGAAUCCCUUAACACAGUUAACAAGCGUUGGUUUGGUCGUCCUUCCCAGGAACGUCUCAAUCAGCUGCACGAGCGCAGCCAGACUGCGCUGCAAAAUCUUCAGGCUCUGCGCACAUUGUUUGCAACGGAAACAACCGAACGGUUGAUUGAAAUCCAUGCGGAGGUCUUCGAUGAGGAUGGCAUGCUCAAGGGUCUUGAUGAAACUUCAUUGCCCAGAGUCAGGGGUAUCACUAUGGGAAUGAUCUUCGAAGAGCAGGUGCUUGGCGUCGUUGACGGAUGGGAGCGGGUCCUGGGACAGCUUGUCGCUCUCCUGAAGGAACGCCAGAAGAUCCGUCUGUGGCUACCCAAGGGCUUGCGAUAUGCAGUCAACUGGGUUCGUCGAAAAAACGCUGUGUCGCCUGUAACCGCGGCUCAGGAUCCAGUCAUCGACCCCGAUGUCGCAGAAACGCAGUCCAAAUCGGCACAGCAUCAUCUUCGCAUCAGCAGAGGCUAUCGUGCCAAACCAGGCAGCCGCAUCUCGCGCGCUAUCAUCGGCACCUAUCAUUGGUUCAUCAACCCAGAAGGUCUUUAUGCACUGCGAAUGGUGGUUGUCACCAUUGCACUCUCUAUCCCGGCUGCGAUUCCUAGCAGUGCGGGUUUCUAUUACCGCGAGAAAGGUCUCUGGGCUCUCAUCAUGGGACAAACUACACUAGUCAUCUACAUGGCCGACUUCACUUUCUCCUUUAUUUGUCGAGCCAUUGGUACCGUUUUUGGCGGUGUCCUUGGCUUAGUUGCAUGGUAUAUCGGCUCAGGCAACGGGAAAGGUAACCCGUACGGUCUUGCUGCUGUCAUGGCUGUUGUGCUCCCAAUGCUCAUGUGGGGACGUAUCUUCGCCCCUCCUGCCAUGCUUCAAGCUAUGAUAAUGGCUGGUGCGACUUGCAUUCUAGUUGUUGGUUACAGCUACGAUGAUACGCACAUCCCAUCUUACGGUAACCCUGGCUGGGGAUACAAUGUUUUCUGGCGACGACUUGUGCUUGUUCUUAUCGGCUCAGCAGCGGCACUGAUCGUACAGCUAUUCCCUCGCCCACCGUCUGCCUCGCGACACGUCUGCAAGUCCCUUUCAAAUGUCAUCCGCUCAUUGUCGGAUCACUACGCCCUUCUCCUAUCCUGCUGGGGACAAGGGCGCGAAGAAGGUCUAGCCGCAGAGAAGCUAGCUCUAAACCUCGCAGAGACUCUCGCCGAAUUGGACGGACCCAUCGCGUUGCUGCGCUUUGAGUUUUCCGGCUCGCCAUUCGACAGCGACCGUCUCGGCCAGGUGCAAGCGCUGUGCCAAGAACUCAACCAGAACAUCGCUCGCCUACUUUAUCUAUCUGCUUCGUUGCCAGAACACCUGCAAACCCGUCUAGCCCGUCAAGCCGGUCUCCUUGACCACCGCAAUAUCGGCGAUGUCAUGGCUGUUCUAGGCGUGGUUGAACAAUCACUCAAGACAGGUGACCCUCUACCCGAGGUGCUACCAACGCCACUGCUUAAGCGUUGCCAUGAUUUCUGGACAACGCGUCACGUGGAGAUUAUGCUAAGCAAGGAUUUGAUCCGCGACGAGAACUACCGUCGUUUCUGCGUGGCCGUCAGCGCAUAUCUCAAGUUCCUGGCGGCAGUGGAUGAUCUGGUGCUUGUUAUGAAGGGCACAUUGGGCGAGUCGCACAUUGUCAGUCGUGAUCUGUUGAGUGAACAGUAUAAAGUGUAA